AUGAGUUCGCUAACAAAGUGGUCUGACCAAAUUAGUGGCUUCGUCGCUCAAUCUGAUAGACGAGCUGAUAAGUUUCCACGAUUGUCUCUGGCAAUUCAUCCAAAGAUCCCCAGCGGGUUGGACGUGUGCGUCGGGAGUGCAGAGUUAGGUUUCACCAUGAGUUUCAAUCUCGAUGAAUUGGAGCUACCCCAGUGGGUUAAUAGUGACUUUUUACGAACGGUUAUUGAAGAGAGUGGCAAAGGGAAAAAUGUUCAGAUUCACAACUAUGAAAGUACUCCUGCUACGGCUCUUGGAGAUCACUUUGCCAGCAUAAUGUUUCGCAUUAAAGUUACUUUUGCAGCGGAUGAGAUUACGAAUGGAGUUAUUUCGUUAAUUCUAAAAACUUGUCCAGAUACUGAUGGAUUGAAGAAAGAACUACUUGAAACCAUAGAUGUUUUCGACCGGGAAAUAUAUAUGUAUACAAAGGUACUGAACGAAUGUAGGGACAUUUUAAAAAAAUGUGGAUAUACGGAUCUGCUCGCGCCAAGAGUCUUAUAUUCUUCAUUGACGCCGCAUAAAGUUAUAGUUUUUGAAGAUCUCAAGGAGUUAGGGUAUUUUAUGUUGCCUCACAAUGUUCCGGAUGAGUAUGAGAUAAGACUAGUCUUUUCGAAAUUGGCUCAAUUGCAUGCCGUUACCUUUAAAAUGAACGCCGAUGGUCGAAAUGACUUCCAUCUUAAAGGCACCGUUUUCGGUUUUUCAUAUUCGAGACGAAUGGAUUUUUUCUUAACAGGACCAAAAUUCUUGGCGGAAGUAAUGGAGAGUUUGCCCGGUUUCGAAUCAUGUGCAAGUAAAUUGCGCAAAAUCACAGCGGAAUGGUUAAUGGAUAAAUGCGUCAAGGCAGUGAAUCAACCUGCAGCGUAUAGCGUCCUCAACCAUGGUGACUUCCACAUACGGAAUAUGAUGUUCAAAAGGAAUGAAUUUAACGCUAUUUCGGAGAUUGCUCUGGUGGACUUCCAAAUCCCUCAUUGGGGAUCACCGGCCUAUGAUUUGGUUUACAUGGCGGGGAUCCUGCCGUACGAAUUCCGUGAAAUUGCAUUCAGGCAUUAUUUCAACAUCUUUAUUGAUGUCCUGGUGAAAACUGGAUACGAGGGUGAAUUGCCCACAUACGAACAAUUGCAAGAAGAAAUCAAAGCUUACAGUUAUUUGGAAUUAUACUUUCAGUCAACGUUAGCAUUAUUCGUCUACAGGGAUAGAAGCAACAUAAACGUUCAAACGGAAGCGAUUAUGUCGGAUCCAGUUGUAAGGAGGAGCUUAUAUAAUGAUGAAACUUACAUUGCUCAUAUAAAGGAAACUGUGCCUAAACUAUUGGAUUCCAUCGACAUUGAAUGAAACGAACUUCUGUCAACAAGACUUGUUAGCACUGAUGAAGGGAACAAGUGGUUCCCGAAAUAUCGGUAUUUGCAAAAUAAAAAUAUCAACACUAGCGAAUAAGAAAAAACAAGUUUUUGUUGCUU